CUGCAAAGACUGCUGGAGCUCCCCACUUGGGUGCUGUGACUGUAGGCCUUGCCGAUUGAGAGUUUGCCUGGCAGGCCAACCCAGGGAGUCCGCCCUGAGGAGUGUCGCGACUUAACGUUAGGUCAUACGAUUAGGUCAUACUUGCUCAAGAAGCUGUAGCCAUGUCGUCCCGACUUGCUCAGAAGGCAGUGGAGGUCGCGCACCAGGACAAGCGCCUGUUCGGGGGUGCUGCUCGGCAUUUCUACUUUGAGAUUUGCCGGUGCUUGCCGUUCAUUCAGCGGCUGCACAAAAUGGAGGAGAUGGUGUCGCUGAAGGAGCUGCGUGCCAUCGUUAAGGAGAAGUUCAAGGAGUACAAGGACGUCAAGGACGGGCGGGUGGUGGACCUGCUCAUCUUCAAGGGCCGCGAGGAGAUUGAGACCUACCUGCUCAUGCACAAGCAGCGGCACCACGUGGUGACGGAGGUGGUGGAGCCCUAUUACGCCAAGCAGCGCGCGGUGAAGAAGGUGACCACGAACAGCCCCUUCCUGGACAGCUUCCUGUCGUCCGGUUACGCGGCCAUUGGCGUGCGCAACUCAUAAACGAGAACAGCGACAGCGGACAGGGCGCACGGUACAGCGCGGCUUCUGAGAUUGAGGCGGCGACGGGAGUGAGCUAUCUGGCUGGUGCUGGAGGAUGUUGUGAAGGGUAUGUGGGGAGGGUUUCCACAACACACCAUUUUGGAGGCGCGCAGUGGCGUGUGGUAGUGGCCGCCGGCUGAAGCUAGGGCUGGUUGGUGACGGCUGUGGUGCUGGACGAUUUACAGCUGGUCGGGCAAAGCCUGGCCGGCACUGGCUUAUGAUGACGAGAUAAUGAGUAGGGAUUACGCAUAGGCUUGUGUUAGCUGUUGACAGGGCAACGGCAGAGUGCUGCGUUGCUAAGCUGUCUGAGCAGGGAAUUGAGGGAUGUAGAGGCGUAGAGACACGUGCAAGCAGCUUACAGGAUGACUUCGGCAAGCUUUUAUACUAGCAUUGAUCACAAGAAUGGACAAGCGUCCAUGCAUUAGUUUAAGCUGUGUUCACACUUGCAACGAGAAUGGCUUGAGGCAUGCCUAGCGCGCGUACGCGUAGAGCAGGUGCUGCGCGUAUGGCAUGCGCUGGUCGGGCGCAAACGCUUGCCCCGACGUGUGCUUGUGCGAGGUGGGGCUCUGCGGGCUGACGUUGUAAGCGUAUGUAUCAGCUGGUGUCACCGGAGUGGGAGCGACAGCAGGCCAUGCGCUCGGUGACUGCUGGUGCGGAGCAACUGACUGCAGCUGCUGAUACGGGCCUGGCGCUGGGUGGUACCCCAUGGCUGCAUGGGCGUGCGGCGACGGCGGCGCGGCUGUGUGGCUUGGGUAGGCGUAGAACGACAUCGUGCCAAGCGCGCUCACCGACCCCAGACUUGCACGCAGUGGCUGCUGCUGCUGCGGCUGCAGCUGCUGCGUCUGAUGCGCCGGGCUGGCAGCAAACUGCGGGUCCCCACUGUAGCCAGCCGGAGGGUAGUAGGAUGCUGGCGGCGCAGCCGCCCAGUGGCCGAGUGUCUGCCCUUGCAGCUGCGCGGAUGGCGGGUGUGACCAGGGCUGCGGCGAGGAGCGCGCCGGCGGCCCCGCCGUCGUGUAGUGCUGCGGUGAAGCCAUCGCCUGCAGGUAGGCCGGCCAGUGGCUGCUGCCCGCAACCGGCUGACCGUAUCCUGGCGUCAGUCCCACGUGCGUGCCGCCAGACGGAACCGACGGCGUGGAGUGCCACUGCGGCUGCGGCU